CCCCCACCGGAAGUGGGCAGCCGCGCGCCUGGAAAAGCCGGCCGAAGUGUGGCGGCCGCAGUCUGUGGGUACCGGGUCCGAGGAACUCGCGCUUUUCUCUCCGUGCCAUGGCGCCAGCGAAAGCCACGAACGUGGUGCGGCUGCUCCUAGGCUCCACGGCGCUGUGGCUUUCGCAGCUCGGCGCCAGGACGGUCGCCGCGUCCAAGUCGGUGACCGCCCACUUGGCCGCGAAGUGGCCCGAGACCCCGCUGCUGCUGGAGGCAAGUGAAUUUAUGGCAGAAGAAAGUAAUGAAAAAUUUUGGCAGUUUUUGGAAACCGUAAAAGAAUUAGCAAUUUAUAAGCAAACAGAAUCAGAUUAUUCAUAUUACAACUUAAUCCUGAAGAAAGCUGGACAGUUUCUAGACAAUUUACACAUCAACCUCUUAAAGUUUGCUUUCUCUAUAAGGGCAUACUCCCCAGCUAUUCAGAUGUUUCAGCAGAUUGCAGCUGAUGAGCCACCACCAGAUGGUUGUAAUGCAUUUGUGGUUAUUCAUAAGAAGCACACCUGUAAAAUUAAUGAGAUUAAAAAGCUGCUGAAGAAAGCUGCUUCAAGGACUAGACCUUAUCUAUUUAAAGGAGAUCAUAAAUUUCCUACAAACAAAGAGAACUUACCAGUGGUGAUUCUCUAUGCUGAAAUGGGUACUAGAACAUUUAGUGCAUUUCACAAAGUAUUGUCUGAAAAAGCUCAAAAUGAGGAAAUUCUGUAUGUUCUUCGCCAUUAUAUUCAGAAACCAAGCUCACGGAAAAUGUACUUAUCUGGGUAUGGUGUGGAGCUAGCAAUUAAGAGUACAGAAUACAAAGCACUGGAUGAUACCCAAGUUAAAAGUAAUGGUAACUUUACAUUUAAAACUUUUUAAAAAUGCAGAUGUAACAGUAUUAACAUGUUUGUAUACUAAUACUUGGCAAGAAGAAUUAAGUCAAGUAUUUCAAUUUCAUGGAAAUGUCUAUAAAGAUCUAAUACUAUGCUAGAUUCCUUAAUAAUAUUUUUCCUUCCAGAUCUUAGUUUUCAAGCAGCUUCUCAAAUAAUGUCCACUCCAGUUUAUGAUGCCAUUAAAUUAAUGAAAGACAUUUCACAGAACUUCCCCAUAAAAGCCAGAUCUCUAACCAGAAUUGCUGUAAAUCAACAUAUGAGAGAAGAAAUAAAGGAAAACCAAAAGGAUCCUCAAGAUAGAUUUAAAAUUCAGCCAGGCGAUGCUCGUCUAUUUAUAAAUGGCCUUCGUGUUGAUAUGGAUGUUUAUGACCCUUUUAGUAUUUUGGAUAUGCUGAAAUUAGAAGGAAAAAUGAUGAAUGGCCUUCGCAAUCUUGGGAUCAAUGGGGAACAUAUGAGCAAAUUUUUUAAAUUAAAUUCACACAUUUGGGAAUAUACUUAUGUAUUAGAUAUUCGACAUUCUUCUAUAAUGUGGAUUAAUGGCUUGGAAAAUGAUGAUUUGUGUAUUACAUGGCCUACAAGUUGCCAGAAACUUCUGAAGCCAAUAUUUCCUGGAAGUAUACCUUCCAUAAGGUGCAAUUUUCAUAAUUUGGUUCUGUUUAUUGAUCCGGCCCAAGAAUAUACCUUGGAUUUUAUAAAACUUGCUGAUCUUUUCUAUUCUCACGAAGUUCCCCUUAGAAUUGGUUUUGUGUUCAUUCUUAAUACAGAUGAUGAAGUUGAUGGAGCAAAUGAUGCUGGAGUUGCUCUUUGGCGAGCUUUCAACUAUAUUGCAGAAGAAUUUGAUAAAUCAGAAGCAUUUAUUUCUAUAGUACAUAUGUACCAAAAAGUGAAAAAGGAUCAAAAUAUACUCACUGUGGACAAUGUGAAGAGUGUUCUCCAAAAUACAUUUCCUCAUGCUAAUAUUUGGGAUAUUUUUGGAAUUCAUUCUAAAUAUGAUGAAGAAAGGUUGCAGAAAACAAGUGUUCAUAGUCGGUUGGGGAUUAUUUAUAAUCCUACAUCAAAAAUAAAUGAAGAGAACACAGCUAUUUCUAGAGGAAUUUUGGCAGCUUUUCUUACACAGAAGAACAUGUUUUUGAGAAGCUUUCUUGGGCAACUGGCAAAGGAAGAAACUGCUACAGCUAUUUACUCUGGAGAUAAAAUUAAAACAUUCCUUAUUGAGGGGAUGGAUAAGAAUGCUUCUGAGAAAAAAUAUAAUACUGUUGAAGUGAAUAUUUUUCUAACUUACCAGUUGUUCUGUCAAGAUGUACUUAAAUUGCAUCCUGGAGAAAUGGGUAUUGUCAGCAAUGGGAGAUUCUUAGGACCUUUAGAUGAAGAUUUUUAUGUAGAAGAUUUUUACUUGUUGGAAAAGAUAACAUUUAGUAAUUUAGGAGAGAAAAUUAAAGGCAUUGUUGAAAAUAUGGGAAUCAACGCAAAUAACAUGAGUGACUUUAUUAUGAAAGUCGAUGCCCUUAUGUCCUCUGUGCCUAAGCGUACAUCUCGAUAUGAUGUCACAUUUCUUAGGGAGAAUCACAGUGUUAUAAAGAUGAAUCCUCAAGAGAAUGAUAUGUUCUUUAAUGUCAUUGCUAUUGUUGAUCCAUUAACAAGAGAAGCACAGAAAAUGGCACAGUUAUUGGCUGUACUUGGCAAGAUUAUCAACAUGAAGAUAAAGUUGUUCAUGAACUGUAGGGGCAGGCUUUCAGAAGCCCCUUUAGACAGCUUUUACCAUUUUGUUCUGGAAGCAGAACUGAUGUCAGGGGCUAAUGACGUUUCUUCUCUUGGACCAGUGGCAAAAUUUUUGGAUAUUCCUGAAUCACCCCUCCUAAUCCUCAACAUGAUUACUCCAGAAGGCUGGUUGGUUGAAACAGUACACAGCAACUGUGACCUUGAUAAUAUUCACUUAAAGGAUAGUGAGAAAACUGCGACAGCAGAAUAUGAACUAGAAUACUUACUACUGGAAGGACAAUGCUUUGAUAAAGUGACAGAACAGCCUCCUCGGGGUCUGCAGUUCACACUAGGCACAAAAAAUAAACCUGUUGUGGUUGAUACAAUAGUGAUGGCCAAUCAUGGGUAUUUUCAAUUAAAAGCAAACCCAGGUGCUUGGAUACUGAGGUUACACCAAGGAAAAUCUGAAGAUAUUUAUCAAAUAGUUGGGCAUGAAGGAACUGACUCUCAAGCAGACCUAGAAGAUAUCACUGUUGUAUUAAACAGCUUCAAAAGCAAGAUACUGGAAGUAAAAGUGAAAAAAGAAACAGACAAAAUUAAGGAAGAUAUCCUUACCGAUGAAGAUGAAAAAACAAAAGGACUGUGGGAUUCCAUUAAAAGUUUCACAGUAAGCUUGCAUAAAGAAGACAAAAAGGAAAAAGAUGUCCUAAACAUUUUUUCAGUUGCUUCUUGUCAUUUAUAUGAACGUUUUUUAAGAAUUAUGAUGCUCUCUGUUUUGCGUAACACCAAAACACCAGUGAAAUUCUGGUUGCUAAAAAAUUGUCUCUCACCGACAUUUAAGGAAGUAAUUCCUCACAUGGCUAAAGAGUAUGGAUUCCGAUAUGAACUAGUUCAGUAUAGGUGGCCCCGUUGGCUUCGUCAACAGACUGAAAGACAAAGGAUUAUUUGGGGUUACAAAAUUCUUUUCCUUGAUGUUCUUUUCCCACUAGCAGUGGACAAAAUCAUUUUUGUUGAUGCUGUCCAGAUUGUGAGACAUGAUCUAAAAGAACUUCGAGAUUUCGAUCUGGAUGGAACUCCUUAUGGGUAUACUCCAUUUUGUGAUAGCCGCAGGGAAAUGGAUGGAUAUCGUUUCUGGAAAACAGGAUACUGGGCAUCACAUCUUUUAAGACGGAAAUACCAUAUCAGUGCUUUAUAUGUAGUGGAUCUCAAGAAGUUCAGGAGAAUUGGAGCAGGUGACAGGCUCAGGAGCCAGUACCAAGCUCUCAGUCAAGAUCCAAACAGUCUUUCAAACCUAGAUCAGAGACAGGAAGAAAAAAUGCCAAUAACAGCUUUACCAAAUCCAUCUGAGCUUGAUAACCCAAGAAACGUAGUGUCAUUCCUCUAGACAUUAAUGGUCCUAUUAUCAGCUCCCUAAGCUACAAUGGAUCUAUAGAUCUUAAACUACAAUUUAAAGAUACUGCCACCACCAUGCAACUGCAAGACUCUUGAAAAUGCCAAGGAUCUUAGAAAUUGAGUUAUCUGGUUUAUUAAAUACUCUGAUUCAAGAGGCCAAUAUUGACGUAUAAUCUGGUAAAGAGAAGACAAGGACAUUCUACGUGGUUGGUGGGAAGCAGACAGCAGGAGGGAAGGUGGGUAAAAAAACGUGUUGCAGUAUCCAGUGACCACCUGAAGAGCAGAAGUUUUCUUUCUCCCAAUAACUAGCUAAUUCUUGGUGGGAAUGGUCCACGCUUCAACUUCCCUAAUUUUAGAAACAUUUUUCUUCUUUGUGUUUACUGGAUAUUUGUUAUAAAAUGAUUUAUGUCCUCCCACCUCAAGUCAUAGGUUGAAGCUCUAACCCACAAUGUGAUUACAUUUGGAAAUAGGGCCAGUAGAAAGGUAAAUAGGCACAAAUGAGGUCAUGAGGAUGGAGCUCUAAUCCAAUAGGACUGGUGUCCUUAUAAGAAGAGGAGGAGAUUCCAGACCUCUUUCUCUCUCCACUCACACGCAGCGAAAAAGGCUACACAGUGAGAAGGCAGCUGUCUGCAAGCCGGGAAAAGAGGCCUCAGCAGAAACCAACUCUGCCAGCACCCUGAUCUUGAACUUCCAGGCUUCAGAACUACGGAGUCUCAUUCUGUCGCCCAGGAUGGAAUUGCAAUGGCGUGAUCUCGGCUCACUGCAACCUCCGCCUCCCGAGUUCAAGCAAUUCUCCUGUCUCCACCUCCAGAGUAGCUGGGAUUACAGAUGAACGCUGCACACCCAGGGUUUCACCAUGUUGCCCAGGCUGGUCUCAAACUCCUGAGCUCAGGGAAUCCACCAACCUCAGCCUCCCAAAGUGCUAGGAUUACAAGUGGAAAACUAUUGGCUUCUCUGGAGUGAUCUGCCCUUGACCUCAUGGGUGAAGCCUGUGCAUAUGCAGUUUUAAGAAGUUCUACAGAUAAUUGAGAUCCUGGUUAAUAUGCUGAAGCAGAUGUCAUUGAAUAACUCAGUCGGCUUCUUCAAAUAUCCUUGUGGUCUACCUUAUUGCAUGCAAAAAGCUUUUUCACAUCUUUCAAGAUUCAGCUCAAAGAUUAUUUCUUCUGUGGAGCCUUCACAAGGAAAGGAGCUCACACUUUCCUCUGUGUCCUCACAGUAUCCUCACUUCCCUCCACGGCAACUACCAUCUCUUCUACAGGAAAUAGGUCUUGCUAAAUUUUUUGUGCCAGUACAAAACACAGCUGCUGGCACAUAAUGAAUGAACAACAUUGCUUGUUGAAUGAAUAAACAAACUGUUUGCCACACUUGGAUUUAAGCCCAGUUCUAGGAUUCUUCCUACCACACCAUAUUAUUUCUCUCCUUACCUCAUAAAUUCUACUGAAACUAAAUUAAUUGCUCAAUUGUGGAACUAUCUAUAAUUUAUACUGCAUUAUCCAUAAUUUCUCGGAUUGUCUAGUUACUGUUCAAAAAGAGGGACACCUUUCUAAUUGCCAAUAACUUUAUCCAUUGCAUAUUAAAUACACACACACACACACACCCCACACAUACAUACAAUCACAGCUAGUAGCACUGAAGAAGCUACAAACAGCUCAAAUGUUCUAUGAUAAGUAUGGGCAAAUUAUAAAAUAGACAUUUAUAUAUAUUGUUUACUCUACGUUCUAAUAUUCAUUAAUUCUUCUAAUGUGCCUAGUACCAUCCUCAGAUCUGGGGUUGCAUUCACACUAAUCAGGUAAUGCCCUCACUCUCAGACCUCCUAUCACAGAGGGGAUAGACAGGAACUAACACAGUUGCACAAUUACACACCCCAAAAUUGUUAGAAGUGCAAAAAAAGAAAAGAACAGGAUGUUAUAAAAUCAGGGUGACCCUAUCUGGUUUAGAAGGUGAGGAAAUCUUCCCCAAGAAGAAGUCUGAAGUGAGAUAAGUAGGAACAAAUAGAUAAGAUGAGGGCAGAGAAUUCCAGAGAGAGGGAAUAGCAUGUGCAAAGGCCUUGAGAUGGGAACAAUAAUGAGAUAUCUUAGGAAUGACAGGAGGCCAAUGUGGCUGGAUAUCAGGAAGCUAGGGGUAGAAAGGUAUACGUGUGGAGAGGCAGAUGGGAGGUGGAUCGUGUAGAAUCAUAGAGGCAAAGUUAAGGAUUUUGUUCUCUAUCCAAAGAUCAAUGGGAAGCCACUGAAAGACGACUAUUCCUUAAAUCCAUUUUAUCCAUAGCAUUGAAAAUCUAAAAUUGUGCUUUUCGAUGACAGAGUAAACAGAACAUCAACGGUCCUAAUCGCCUCUUCUCCAAGUAUUCUGGCAGCACAAGUGGAUUUUCAAUUUAAAGUACUUGAAGUAGGGAGGAAAAGGCUUCUGACUACUAUUUCUAGAAUGAGCAAGUCCUGCUUUAGAAUCUGCCCACAAGAAAAUCCUAUGGGAGUUCCUUGACAAACAUUAUUGCCAAGCCGACCCAAAUAUCAUCAACUUUCUUUUUCCCAGCCUCUCCUGUGGCUAGGGGUGAACAUGUUAGAUAAUUAUGGCCAACCAGAUAUAAGUUAAAGUCUUAUGAGUGGGAAUUAUGCUUCCCUGAUGAAAAGAGAGAUUUGGCGGAAAACUCCUUCCCCUCCAUCUUUCUUUGCCUAUGGUUCAGAUUUAAGCUGUGGAGAUACAGCAACCAUAUUGCAACCCUGAGACCACAGCAUGAAGAUGAAAGGUCUUCUACUAAGGAAAGAAAAGAAAGAAGAAACCAAAAGAUAUGAAGAGGCUGGGUCCUUGAUGACUUUAUUGGGCAGCGACAGCAACUUUAGGCCUUUCUGGGUUUCUUACAACAAAAUUAAACCUCUAAUUGUUAAAAUGACUUCAGGUUUUCUGGUUUUCAUUUUGUUUUGUUUUUACAACUAAACCCAUUCCUAACUGAUGCAGCAGGGUCUUUAGGAACUUCAGACAAGAGGGAAAAGGAUGGUCUAGGAAAUCCAGGUAAAUCAAGCAUGAGCCUGCUUCUACCAAACUUCCCCUUCUGCAAGAAAACCAGAGUGGAAAGGGAAUGGACUGUCAAGUCCAUGACUGUGCCAAAUGUCAUGCCCGGGGUCAGGUUCGAGCCCUAGCUGAGGUCCAAGGGGAGUGGGUGGAUGGGCAGAUAGCUGAAAGAACACUUGGGGGUGGCGGGGUGCGUAGGCAGGUGAAUAUGGUUUUAUUCAGCAGCUCUCUCAGCAGCAGCUCUCUUACACUGUCUGCACUGUUCCGGCUGCUUGCUUCAGACGUUCCCAGGCACAGCUGCGUGGCCGGCUCUCCCUUCAGGGUCAGCAGCUUAACUCUUUCUCUCCCUGAGCACAAGCCAGUUUCUGGCUCCCCCCGACCAUCCAUCUGCAAGACAGACAGCUUUGAUUUUCUCUCUUUCUCUGAGCGUAAGCAAGCCACAUAGGAGCGCCUAUAUAGCAUCCGCAGGGCAGUUAUACCCUCUUCAAACAAUAGUGGCUCUCAGCCCAGUAUAAGCUUACAAAAACAGGUUAUGUAGCAAGUGGAGUGUGUAUCUGCAUGCUAAACUCGCUCACUCAUGCAGGCUUGGAUGUCUGCCUCAGCCUAAUUCUUGACCAAAGCACAUCCAUGUACCUUACAUGGACCAAAGGUAGUUAGAUUACAAGUGUCAACUCCAGCUUUCUACAAGCGAGAAGGAAUAGUGUCAUGCGAUGUUAACUGCAUUUUCUGCAAUGUUUACUGUUUAAGAACAAAAGCAUGCUGGAACCUUUGGCUUUCUUGGAAAUAUUAUUACUCUGGGUUGCUUCACGUGCCUUUGCCAGGCCUUCGAUGGUCCCGUCCUUCAUCCUGGGACUCUAAUUCUCAAAGUCAAAAAAGAAUCAUGAAUGCUUGAGAAUUUUCAAAUGGUUUUUAGACACAUUCUUGAACAUGGUUAGUGUUAACUUAUGAUGUGUCUUAUUUAUGUGCCUGAUGAGACUUUAAUAAAGAUACUUUCUUUAACUGUAAACUUUUCUUAAUCAAAAAAUCUUUUCAUUCUCACCACAAAAGCAGUGCAUGUUCAUUGUAGAAAAAGUAGUCCGAAGACUUUUUAUUUCAAGUCCUUUAAAUUCAAAAUCCAUUUGUGCUGCUACAAGAUUCUUUCAGAGCAGAGGUGCUAAUGACCUUUGAUAUUCUAUUUACUCUCACAUCAAGGGAAUCUACAGAAAGAACAUAAGGGUCUUGAUGGGAAAAGUCUGAGUGAGUCACAGCUUGAUUGCAGCUAGCUGCCCUGUGCUCAGGGAGAUGCAAGGAGGCCAAGCUCACAGCUGAUUUUUCUCAAAUGGCUUGACUUUAAAUUAAACGGGGUUGUGAAGACAUCUGACUCCCAGUUUGAGCAGUAUCUUUCUGUAGCACUUCCAUGGAGGCGAGGAUCGGGCUUUCUCAUUUACUGCUGCAUCCUCUGCACCUAGCAUGAUGGAAGAUGCAGUGAAGAUGGGUGCAUUCUACACUUACUAAGAGUUGAAUUAAACUCUCCUUGGAAAUUAUAGCCCAAUAUAAAAAUCUCUGCAGAUCACACCAAGUCACUGCACUUUGUAAUGGGUUCUUUUAUUUGGGAGUAAGAAAGGUAUGUCUGGAGGUGGGCCCAGUGGCUCAUGCCUGUAAUCCCAGCACUGUGGGAGGCCGAGAUGGAUGAAUCACUUGAGGCCACGAGUUCAAGGCCAGCCUGGCCAACAUGGCAAAACCUUGUCUCCACCAAAAAAAAAAAAAAAAAUUAGGUGUGGUGGCACACAUCUGCAAUCCCAGCUACCUGGAAGGCCGAGGCAUGAGAAUCGCUUGAACCCUGGAGGCGGAGGUUGCAGUGAGCCAAGAUCGUGCCACUGCACUCUAGCCUGGGCAACAGAGCCAAACUUGGUGAAAGAAAGAGAGACGGAGAAAGAGAGAAAGAAAGGAAGGUAGGUGUAUCUUGGGACGGGAGAGUCGUCUAAGCAUCAGCAAGCAGAUUUCAACACAAAAGUGGUCAAAAGAGUGUCUCCAUCAAUAAUAGCAGUAAUAGCUAAUGCUUACAGUACUUAUGGUAUACAAAGCACUGUUCUAAAUAUUUUACAAAUAUUUACCAAUUUAGUUCUCAUAGCUGCCCCUAUUAUCUCAUCCCUAUUUAAGAAAUGAGGAAAUCAAGACCCACAAUAACUAAGUCACUUUACUCCAGGUCACAUCACACACAGCUGGGAUGGAAUGCACAGCUGGCUCCAGAAUCUGUCCAUCGCUGUGCAAACCUCCUCUUAAAAGGGUACUUAAUAGUAAAAUCUUCCAGCUAAACUACAUUCUGCAAGUUGUUUCCAGGAACUGUCCUAGGGUUUAUUUCUCCUUUGACUGAGGUCCACAAAGAGCUAAGAAUUGCACUUGGCUCUAAGAUUCAGCAGCAUUGAGUUGCUGAAGCUCAGGAAUUCCACCUCAUGAGUAAGAGCACUGGGCCUGUUUGGUUUGGCCACACAUACCCUGUAGACUGCUACUGUGAGCCAAAUCCUCCAGACCUACCUGACAUCCAGUUUUGAGGCUCAUGCUUGACUUCUCUUGCUGGUAGAGCACUGCAUUCAGAGGGAUUCAACGUUUGGGUGGCUUAACAACUACAGAUGCUGUAUUGGAAGGAGCUUUUGGAGGAAGCUUCUAGAAGUUUCUCCACAGCCUUUCUGUCCUCUGCCAGAGGGCACAGUAAUGGCGUAGCCAAGGGCCCAAAUCUGUCAGAGUCCUCAUAGGAAUAGAUGGCACAAUCCAAGUAGAAUAAUCCAGGAAGGGAUUAUUUAUACAGCAACUAUGUUACAAUAAUACCGGUGGGGUGUAGGGGAAGCACGGGGACAGUACAGAAACCCUUCUGCUGUCUCCAUUCCCAGAGCUGAGAGAACAAAGAGAACAAGUGGCGGUGGCAUCUAGAAGGCAGCUCAGGCCUGUUGGUUGCUUUGAGAGGAGCACCGGCCUUCAAUCAGGGAUGCAGCCAGCCCCAGGUGAGGUUACAGGAGAAGAAUCAGGGCAGUAAGUAUCCAUCCUCAUUCUCCUUUCUCUUUCAGAUCUCUUGACAAGAGUCCUCCUUGGCUGGACCCAAAAGGAAGCAAGGGAGAUUGAGAUUCCUUUGUUAUAGUUCAUACAAGUCAGCUUCAGGGGCAGUGAGGAAAAGGGAAAAUGUGGAUCUGGAAAAAGAAAUGAACAAUAUCUGGAAGCAGGAUCAGCCAGACUGUUAACAGACUGAGGCCUAUGCCAACAAGAGAAGGUAAUAAAGAGGUCCAAAGCAUCAGAACAAACAUCAUGACAAAAUGGCAGCCUUGUCUCCACUCUGUAAGAACUGCAAGCUGAGAGUACUAAGCUAGCCUAUGGCUGGGGUCAGUGGGCCAUUUUGUUCUCUGGAUAUUGCACUAAAGGAUGUGUAGAAAAUAUCUGGAGGUAGAAAAAAACAUCUGUGUUGGGAGAAAGGAACAACCACGCAGAUUUGGCAGUUAUGAUCCCAGAAGCAAUGUCAGUAUAACCUGUAUCCUCCAACCUGGCAGAAGUGCUUGCUGAAGACUGGUGGAUGAACAACGUGCACUUUCAUACAUCAUUAUAUACAAACUAUAGGAAAAUUUGAGACCUAAAGAAAAAUUGUAUCUGAGCCACAUCUCUAGCAUCUGAAUAUUAAACAACAAAGCAGUUAAAAUAACGGUCGGCAAAUAGCAUCUAAGUGCCAAUUCAUCUUGUGUCUGUUUUUGUAAGUAAAGCUUUAUUGGAACAGCACCAUGGUCAUUCACUAAUAUGGUCUGUGGCAGUUUCCUGCUACAGUGGCAGAGUUCAGUAGACGGAGACUGAGUGGUCUACAGAACCCAGAAGAUUUGUUUACUAUCUGGCACUUUACGAAUAGAGUUUACCAGCUCAUGAAUUCGGGUCAGUUUUUAUAGAUGCAAUAUGAUGUACAGUAACAUCAUGAGUGGGUUUCAGAUGACUGCGAGUCAAUAUUUACCACUAGGCCCAAACUUGGAAAAGGCAACAACUAUGUCUGUCUUAUUCACAGCUCAAUCCCUGGUGCAUAGCACAGGCUUGGCACAGAACGGGGGCAGAGCAAAUGUAUGUUCUGUAAAGGCUUGAAUGUUCCUGAGUGCGGAGGAUAUAGGCAUUUAGAGAGGAACUUCCCUUUAAAGAGGUGUGAAAUAAACCACAGGACUUUAUAGCAUUUUUCCAUAACUGGCUUUGUUUGGGCUUUUAUCUUUAUCUUCCUCCUUUAGUUUACUUGAAUGUUUAAUGUGAAGUGUUUGAGGAAGAGAAGGAAAGUGGCAAUUGUCAAUUGUACAUGGAGUAAAUGAGAUUUUUCAUCU